CCAGCUCACCCGGCUCGCGGUUGAUCUCGAUGUCGAAGUGGCACUGCGGCCGGUCCUGCGCCCCCAUCGCGACCGAGGUGGCGGCAAGAGCUGUGGGAGAGGAGGAGGAAAGCAGUGUCCUCAUGACUUCUCUUGUGGACCAUGUCCAUGAUCCUUUUUGCCUGUGUGGUACGGGUGAGGGAUGGACUGCCCCUCUCGGCCUCUACCGACUUUUACCACACCCAAGAUUUUCUGGAAUGCAGGAGACGGCUCAAGACUUUAGGCUUGCGACUGGCCCAGUAUCCAGGUCGAGGUUCUGCGGCAGGCCAUGACUUCAAUAUAUAUUUUUCUUCUUUGGGUGAUGUGGCCUGCAUGGCGAUCUGUUCCUGCCGGUGUCCAGCAGCCAUGGCCUUCUGCUUCCUGGAGAACCUGUGGUGGGAAUUCACAGCUUCCUAUGAUACCACCUGCAUUGGCCUAGCCUCCAGGCCAUAUGCUUUUCUUGAGUUUGACAGCAUCAUUCAGAAAAUAAAGUGGCAUUUUAACUAUAUAAGUUCCUCUCAGAUGGAGAGCAGCUUGGAAAAAAUUCAGGAGGAGCUCAAGUUGCAACCUGCAGUGCUUCUCACUCUGGAGGACACAGAUGUGGCAAAUGGGACGAUGAACGGUCACACACCAAUGCACUUGGAGCCUGCUCCAAAUUUCCGAAUGGAACCAGUAUCAGCCCUGGGUAUCCUCUCCCUCAUUCUCAACAUCAUGUGUGCUGCCCUGAAUCUCAUUCGUGGAGUUCACCUUGCAGAACAUUCUCUACAGGUUGCCCACGAGGAAAUUGGAAACAUUCUGGCUUUUCUCAUUCCUUUUGUAGCCUGCAUUUUCCAGGAUCCAAGGAGGCUGAUUCUGCUGAUUGGACCAAACUUCAAGGUCCAUUCCUGGCCCAAAUGAGGAGAGCUUUGUUCUCUCAUCUGGGAGCAGUGAUGUCAAACGUCUGUUGCUGCGGAAACCUCAUCAGCAGAGAACCUGUGCGAAAGGGCUUGUCAGUAAAAUCUGGGAAUGGCUGGGUAUGGAAACAUCUGCCCAUGUGUACCGAUGGCAGAGCUGUUGCCCACAAGCACCUUUUAUUUAGGGUACAAUUAAUAAACCCAUUCCGUUCCUCCAAACUGUGCUCAGUACAUAUGAUCUUCUUUAACUCCUGCAUUUAUGUGAUUCUGGGGUUGCUUCAGAAGUAUUAAUUAAUUACUCAUAUGGCUCGACCUCCAGGCUUCUAUUUUGUUUAAUGGACUUUUCUAUUAAGAGCAUAAAAUAUUGAGGCUGAUUUCACCAGGGCAAAACUAUUUACAUCACAUAUUCAUAUAUAUAUACAUAUAUAUAUAUGUUCAUUUUGAAUAUUUGCUGUCCAUGUUACACAAGCUUCUUACUUUUUUCAUGUAGCAACAAAGAACUAUUUUGAGUAAAUGAUGGGUACUUUUUAACAGACUUUUACAUAGUAGCAUACUAAAACAUAAAACCUAAACUUGUCUAAAUGUAUGUAAAGAAUAUUGUAUAGCCAUUUGUAUCCUAUGUCUGUCAGUUAAGUGAGGAGGCUUCAGAAGUGGGAAGAGAAUAAAAUCAAGGUGUUUAUUAAUGUGUGUAUUUGCA